GCCCGGCCGAGACCGGACACUCCCCGGGGCCGGCGGACCCAGCGGCCUGCGGACGGGACCCGGAUCGCACCCGCGAGAUGGCGGCCGCGGCCGUGAGCAGCGCCAAGCGGAGCCUGCGGGCCGAGCUGAAGCGGCGUUUGCGGGCGCUGAGCGCCGAGGAGCGGCUGCGCCAGUCCCGCCUCUUGGCCCAGAAGGUGUUUACCCAUAGUCAAUAUCAAAAGUCCAAAAGAAUCUCCAUCUUUCUGAGCAUGCAAGAUGAAAUUGAGACAGAAGAGAUCAUCAAGGACAUUUUCCAACAAGGCAAAACCUGCUUUAUCCCACGGUACCAGUUCCAGAGCAAUCACAUGGAUAUGGUGAAAUUAGCAUCGCCUGAGGAAAUCUCUUCACUUCCCAAAACAUCCUGGAAUAUUCAUCAGCCCAGUGAGGUCGAGGUUCGGGAGGAGGCCUUGUCCACAGGGGGACUUGAUCUCAUCUUCAUGCCGGGUCUUGGGUUUGACAAACACGGCAACCGUUUGGGGCGGGGCAAGGGCUACUACGAUGCCUACCUGAAGCGCUGUCUGCAGUCCCAGGAUGUGAGGCCCUACACCCUGGCCUUGGCUUUCAAAGAGCAGAUUUGCCUUCAGGUCCCCGUGGAUGAAAAUGACAUGAAGGUAGAUGAAGUGCUUUACGAAGACUCCUCAGCAUCUUAAAUCCUGAAGACCACAGCCAAAUAAUCAAGGUUUUGUGCCAGAGAAAAGCCAAACAUGUGUAUUUUCCCUUGUCAGAAAUUAGUGGAAAUUGCACAAUAAUGUGAAUAUGGGCUGUAGUGUUUUCAGUGUAAUUGUUAGAUACCGAACAUGAAACCAUUUUAAAAAAUCAAUAGCAGGGGCUUCCCUGGUGGCGCAGUGGUUAAGAACCCGCCUGCCAAUGCAGGGGACACGGGUUCAAGCCCUGGUCUGGGAAGAUUCCACAUGCCAUGGAGCAACUAAGCCCGUGCGCCACAACUACUGAGCCUGCGCUCUGGAGCCCAUGAGCCACAACUGCUGAUCCCGUGUGCCACAACUGCUGAAGCCCACGCACCUAGAGCCCGUGCUCCACAACAGGAGACGCCACCGCAAUGAGAGUCCUGUGCACCGCAAUGAAGAGUAGCCCCUGCUCACCGCAACUAGAGAAAGCCCGUGCACAGCAACAAAGACCCAAUGCAACCAAAAAUAAAUAAUAAAUAAAUUAAUUAAUUUAAAAAAAUCAAUAGCAGUGUGUGUAAUAGAACAUUAAUUAAAACGGAGGCUAUCACCAUAUGAUUUUUAGCUUAACUUUCUGGUAUUAAUGUCCCAGGUUGAUCUUUCUGUUUUAUAGUUUAAGUUUAAUAUUUAUGAGGCACUAUGCUCCAACUCAGAGUGUGAGGGGAAAAUAAACUCAUCUGAAGUGGACACUUUCAUUAAGUCCUGUCAUGGGCCUGGGUCAGUCUGGCACGCAUAUGGAGGUUCAGCAGUUAUUAAAUGAUUUAUUGGUGUUUGCUUUGUGUACAAAGUUCUCCAAGAAUAUUAUACCCUUUCAUCAUGGCUUCACUUACU